CUAUUUAAUACUCGUCUCAUUCUCAUGCAGUCCGCGAACCUGCUGCGGUGGAAUUCUGCUGCUGGGUUUUUUUUUACAGGGCACUUUAUGAAAAUCGGUUAAAUAUAGUUUAAUUUUCAUUAAUUAAGAGUUAAAAUUUCGGAGAUAAGAGGAUAACUGAUAAUUUGUGGAACUUCGUGGACAGCGGAAAUUGAAAAUCUACACGAAAGUGGAAACCUUGUUAUUGCGAUUUUAAAAAUGAGUCUGACGGUGCGAACAUUUAGCUGUUACUUGUUACGGAAGAGUUCAAGACAAUUAUCAAGCCGGUUUCUAUCUACGUCGUCUAUAUCAUCUCAAUCACAGUUUUCUUCUCCGUCCAAGUCGCAACUUUCUAAUCAACAAAGCAGUCUACCCCCACUGGCCCCAGAAAAAUGGGAUUUAUAUGCUGGAGUCGUUCUAGAAAGAAAGCCUGUCCUCACACCGGAAAUGACACCCCUAGAGAAAGAAUAUUCCACCCUUUUGUCGAAAUACGAGUUUGAGCUGAGCAAAAAAAGUAGUCACGAAGUUAGGAAGGAGAAAGACUCGAAAACUAUUGAGAAAAUCAAAUCCGGUGAAAUUGACGUUGAUCAAGCUGCCUCAAUCACUGCACAAGAUGAGGAAGACUUAUGGCUGGCUGAACUCAACCAAUUUAAGUUUUCUAGCCGAAAAACUGACGCGGAUAAGAACAAUGACCAAAAAUCUUUACAACGAGCUUUGGAUUCUCACCUGCUUUUGCUGAUUGAGCAGAAAUUAGGCAACGACUAUAAGUGGAUUUGUCCUCAAGGAAUAUGGCGAGAUGGAGAAACAAUGCGACAAACCGCUGAUCGAGUACUGAAAGAAGUUUGUCCUGAAAUCAAGGCCAAAGUGUUAGGAAAUGCACCGUGGGGAUUUUACAAAUAUAAGUACCCUAAACGCUCUGUAACAUCUCAACAUCUUUCAUCAGUUGGAGCUAAAAUCUUCUUUUUCAAAGCUCAAGUCAUCUCGGGAGAAAUCCAAAAUAAAACGAAAUCAAAGGAUAAGACGACCGAAUACAAAGACCUAGCCUGGCUUACUAGGGAGGAAUUGAUAUCAAAAUUACAGCCAGAGUAUCACAAACAGAUUAGCGAGUUCUUAAUUGACGAAGAAAAUUAGACUCGAUUCGUCGUUAUCAUACAAAGUUUGCGUUGGAUAGGCAUUUGUUUAUAUUUAACGAUAAUAAUAGAAGUUUAUUAAGAUAUUACGUGAUUUGUAUUUUCCUGAGACAUGAAAAUAGUAAUAAUACGAAGUUUGAAUAAACGUACCUUUCCAAUUAA